GCCUUAAAAUUUUGUUGUGUCCAGAAUCUGCUCCAUGGCUGCUCCGGUUGCAGCUGCGACGCCGCUUGGGCAGCAGUCUGCAGGUGCACCACCGGUGUCGAGCGCUGAGCAGGCUGCCCCAACGGCAACGGCGAGCUGGUUUCAGCGGGAGCAGACGUUGAAGCGGACGCUGCUGCAGAUGAUCGUCCAGGACGAGCUCAACGCCCUGCUCGCCAACCCAGCCGCCUUCCUUGCUGCUGCGACGGCAACAGACGCAGCCAGGCAGCCGGUCAGUGCUGGGACUGCCGCCGGGACUGCCGCCGGAACGCUCGAUGCUCAGUUCUUUGGCCUGGCGAACCAGUCAGCGUCACCAGCUGCUCCUCAUCCUCCGAAUCCAAGCAAACCCAUUCCGCACAGCAUCCUGGCUGUAGCUCGCCGUAAACUCCUCGCAAUACCGCACUUGUCCAAGCACAGCACCGAGUUUGCCGAGGCGUUUGAUGCAUUCGUUCUUGCACUGCCGCAAUUCAUCGCACGCCACGACAGCGCCACGUCCAAGAGCCUAUCCAAGCGCAUUGUCAACUGGGUUGUGGGCAACAUUGCAUUUUCACUGCCGACAACUGGCGAGCGAGACCAUCGGCUGCGCACCCUGGACGAAAACCCGAAUGCCUUUGUACCAACCGUCUCCAUUCCCAACCCAGCUGCCGAGAUCAUCAAUACCAUGUCCGAUCUGAAUACUUACCCGACCGUCAUGACCAGUAGUACAGGAGAUUUACCACUUGGACCAGACCACGCCUUCGACAUGCCACUUGAACACUCACAAUCUGCGUCUCCGGGACCCGGAUUGCCGUUCCCUGCCCCUGCCAUUCGUGAAGAACUCGCGAAUGCGGCCACCUUUGCCCAGCAUGAGGAGGAGGCAGACUUGUCCGAGGACUGCAGUGCGGAACUGCAGCUCGACGCCUCGUCAGUCAAUGCACUUGCAGACCAGCUGCAGGCAUCGGCAGUGUUGCGUACCCAAUUCCUGGAAAUGUUCAACACGCUGCUUCUGGCUUCAGACCGCAAGUCCGGCGGGAGCAAUGCUGAGCUCACGGGCUUGUUGGAUUUGCUUGUAGCGUCGCAUUCGAUUCAAGAUCUCCCUCCCGCGUUGCGAGUGUUCUUCGACGCACAGCGCGAUCAGCUGGUUGCGCGUCUGAUGCGACUGACAAAGAAGCAAAAGCGACACAUGCGCAUCCAGCACCAUCUCAUGCCUCGUCGCGCCUUGCUCGCCGUCUUUUCGGUGGCCUCAGCCUCCACCUUGUUUUCCACGCUCAAAACUAUUCUGCUCACCAAAACAAUGGGCAUGAAUUUGCUACAGCGAAGCGUUGCGAGUGCUGUUGACCUUGCCGAGUGCAACGAGGCGGUGCGAGUUGCUGCGCGGCAAGUCGAUACGCUCAUUGCAGAAAAGGUGCGGUCGUUCGUUCGCUUCCGCAUGCCGAUUGGCCCUCUCCCCUAUGACUUUGGCUGCAUGCAAAGCUUUUUGCAAGACCCGACGCUGCAGCCUGUCCUGUCCAAAAGCUUGAUUGACAAGUACAUGUCCGACCAGCGUUGCUUUUUCGCGUACAAGCUGCUUUGUGCCGAGAUGCAACGCUCAGACCGACAAGCUUACAUUGACAUGCUUGGCGAGGAUUCGUUCGGCAACUUGGUCGAGCAUCUGCUUCGCUUCAUGCAAGAGAUUGUGGGUGCAGUGCUCAACGACAGCUUUUCAUCCUUGCUCUCUGCUGCGUUCGAUUCGUGGGCAGAGCUUGUCACCAUUUCACAGAUGAAAGGUCUCCAACCGAACGAAUUGGCCCAAAAGUACCAUGUUGCGAUGCACCGCUUGCAUGACGGCUUCUUUCAAGCGCUCCAUCGUGCCGUAGUCUUUGAUCGAGGCGUCGUCAGCGAUCUACUCACAUUCCUGUUUGAUUCGUGGGGUAGCAUCGGGGAGGCGCUUGAUGUGUUUGCGCUCGCUUCGAGCAAGUUGAGUGAGCCCGACUAUGCCGCGCUAUGGCGGGAGGUGGAUUUUAUUGCCGACUUCCGUGAUAAAGGAAAGCACGCUGCCAAAGCUGCGGCAAAAGUCGCGGCCGCAGCAGGACUGCCAACCGGGGCAAUACCACACUCGACGCUAUCGCACGCGUUUUCCAACGAGACCUGUCAAGUCAGCGUCAUUCCGCUACUCCUCGGUGAUUUCCGGGUGGCAGUUCUGACACGCCUUGGCCAGUCCAUCGAAUCCAACAGCAUCAACCAUCCCAACAGCAGCAACGCCAGCACGAGCACGAGUGCGCACUCCCCCGCUCCGCCAUCCCCGAAAAUUAUUACCCAGCAGCCAGGCAGGCCGGCCUUCCUGUCAACCAGCUCGUCCUCCUCCCUCUUGCUUGAGCCAUCGGCAGAGCCUGUGCACGAAGGAGGAGCGCUGACGUAUGUGGAAGUGGCGUACCAGGGCGAUUCCGUUGAUUUAAUGCACCAGCGCGGGUUUCGCCGGCUGGAGGUUGACAUCAACCGCGACGCCACUCUCGGGAUUACUAUUCAUAUUUGGUUCAAGACCACACCUUUCUCCGCCCGCAAAGGCCAUCCGUUGCUCAGGGUUCGGCCAAUUACCGCCCUCGCCGUGUCAACAUCCGACGCGGAGGCGGCGCGACUGCAUGCGCGCGGUUUUAUCCUGAUCAAACGCGCUUUGAACAAGAGCAUUGUUUCGAAGCGAAACGUCUUUCUGUGGUACUUGCGCGGGGAGGCUGGCGCUGCACCCAUCGUCGAUCUCGCAGUCUCGCGAGGCAAGGACAUGGAUUUCUCCAACCAAGGCUUCUCGCGGCUGCCCACCGAUUUGAACACUUCGAGUUCUGGCAAGAGUAUCUUCUUGUGGACGCGCCAUGGAGUGCCUCCAGCGGUUGACCAGUGACGCUGUGACAAUACAUUGUAUUUUGAUUCGCAUAAUGUGGUUUGGCAUCGAUUCGAGACGGCGGUCACCCAGUAGCUUCUAUUCAUCUAUUUUUUUUAUUAAAAAAAAAACACUCGAGCGUUGAUGC